UACCACACCACCGUUCUCCUCAGACCUGCAACCACAAAGCAAAUAACAAAAAGGAACACCGACGAAAAUCCGUCACCGAUAAAAAGGCAGGUCUCUCUCUUCUUUUUUCGGUGAGUUUUUUCUUUCAAGCAAACCUUCUUUUCCUGCACGCCAUGGACAUGAAGAAGGUUUCCUGCGCCAUCAUCGUCGCCGCAGCCUCAAUGAGCGCCGUCAUGGCCUCCGGCGCCGCCCCGGCUCCUACCCCUUUGGCAGAUGGCCUAGCUCCAAACGCCUCCGCCUCAUCCAUGGCACCUGCACCCGGCAGUGAAUCCGGCGCUGCCGCCACCUUGCCGGUGCUUGGAUCUCUUGUUGGGGCCUCGAUCGUUUCUUUUCUCUCAUACGUCCUGCAGUAAGCUUUUCAAUGCAUGAAAAUGAACGAGCGGAUGUUGAAGGAGAUAAU